GUUUCAUCAAUGGCCAAAGAAGAAUUUCCAUACCCAGUGAACAAGAACAAAGCAUUGAACCAAGGCAUUAAGUUCGUAAUUGUCAACUGCCGUGUGGCUAAGCUACGUUCCUCACGUGUCACUUCUGCUUCAAGCCUAUACCGAAAAUAGUCRAGAUGAAUUCUUGAUAGUUUCAUAUUACGACAUCAAAAAUGUGACAUCUCUAAUAUAUAUUGUACGUCSAGUCAAGCUCUAUACGUUUUAACGAAGUGUUAUUGGACAUAAGAACAAAAAUGACUUAAAGAAUAUUCUUUGGUUGUUAAGAUAUAUUAAARCUUGAAUGCAUUUCACAAAAGAACAAACCAUAAAGAAUGUCAAGACAGCCGUUAGUCUCCUGCUUAUAUCGCACAUGAAGUUUGCARGUAACGAUUGCGUAGGAUCCUGAAUCUUCCUAAAAUUUGACAACGAGGACUUCUGCUUAACUUUUGAAAUGUGUGUCUCAUUCAACUAUUGCGAUGAAUUGUGAGCAUAACUACAACACUCUCAGAUACAUUUGUAUGUUUUGGAAACCCAAGACAUCCUUUCUGUCGUGAUGGCAGUCAGCUCAGCUCUGAUGACUUGAAACCUUGAAGUUUAUCACAAAUCCACCACAGCAGAACUUCACCUUCCUAGACGUAAAUGGGCAGUUCGAAAAAAAUAGCCCCUUUCAUCUUGUGAAUUGUUCUUUGAACUCUAUCGUGCACAUUUAUAUUAAGCCRAAAUCAAUCUAUCACAACUUAUCCUUUUUCAUUCUUGAUCCAAGGUAUUUCUUUGGUGAGUAAUGUAAUAAGUAAAAAACAGAACUCGAUAUUGGGUACAAAACGACACUGAUUUCUUUUUUCCUUUUUUUUCAUUUUCAGCCGCUUGUAGGCGCUGAAUAAUGUAUUAUUUCGAGCAACUCUAGAUAUGAUAUCUAUUAAAUGUUUCCGUGAUAAAAAUUCACAAUAAAUGAGCAACCAAUGAAAAGAGAAAAAAAUCUUAGCCAAUCAAAAUUCAUAUUCGACCGGUCGAUGCCAGGGUCUUUUCUUCUCUCGGAAAAGGACCUGGGAACGAGGUUGCGUCUUGUCGUAUUUUGAGAAGCCAAACAUAUUCAGAGUCGGGAUUGCUGUGGCUCGAAUUCGAGGUAUUAAAAACUUUAUUUUAAUCUAAAAUCAUAAGACAUUACACAAAGGUUGUUGAUAUCAUACUUCCAAAUUAUAAAGGUAAUAAAAUUCUUAAUCAGCA